CGGAGUCGGCUGAACUCGAUCACAUUGUGUUCCGUUGUGGCGGCUGGCCAGCAGCCAAGAACGGUGAGAAUACGUGUAUUGGUGUCGUUGUUUGUUAGCGAUUGCAACCUCACAUCGUCGUCUGGCCCCCACUCCUGUCCAUGCAUCGGCAGACAUCAGGACCUUUUGUUUAAGACGGAAUAACGUGCAUUUGAAAACACUGCAGAGUUAAAAAGGGCUAGUAGGCUGCCUCCUGUCCAACCCACACUGUCACUUGCACGCAAAACAAAAUGGGAUUCAACCCUAGAGUUAUUCUGUCGGGCUUUAUUGCCCUUUUCAGCAUUCAAGCACUCGCUGCUCCUCUUGCUGACCAGCCUCCUACGCUGCCCAGCAAUGACGCCUUUUACAAUGUCCCUGCGAAUGCGGACAAGUUGCCCCCAGGCGGGAUCAUCAGCCACCGACCGCCUCCCGCUCCGAUCCGGGCGUUUCGCACACUUCCAUUCAACCUAAAAGAAGCCCAUCAGUUUCUCUAUCGAACAACAGACAGCCAUGGAAAUGCCACCGCUACGGUGCUGACUGUCUUUGUCCCUUACUUUGCAGACUACUCCAAGGUCCUCUCGUACCAAAAUGCAGAGGACGCGGCCUACCUCAAUUGUGCGCCGUCGUAUGUCUACCAGAAGGAUUCUGUUGAUGCCGGUACACAGACUACACAACUGGAAAUUCUUCUUAUCGAAGCCGCUCUCGAACAGAACUGGGUCGUCAUUGUUCCCGACCACGAAGGCUACAAGGGUGCUUUCACUGCCAACAGAGCCGGAGGCCAUGCCGUGCUGGAUGGAAUCCGUGCCGCUUUGAGUUCCGGAUCCAUCACAGGCAUCAAGCCAAAUGCCCGUGUAGCCAUGUGGGGAUACUCUGGAGGCAGUCUAGUCAGUGGAUGGGCGGCAGAGCUUCAGCCAACCUAUGCCCCCGAACUCAAGAUUGUUGGUGUAGCCGCGGGAGGCAAUGUUCCCGACAUUAUGAGUGCUGUCCGCACCGUCAAUGGAGGCCCAAACGCAGGCUUGCUGCCUGCUGGUAUCCUAGGUAUGGGUAAAGAGUUCCCCGAGCUCGCUGCUGAAGUUGAGAAGCACAUUAAGCCCGAGAACAGAGACCACUUGCACAAAGCAUUGUCCCAGUGUCUUGGAGCCAAUGGUGACACGUUUGGAAACCAGGAUAUUCUUGGCAUGUUUGACGACCCUAACAUUCUUGACAACCCGAUUCUCAAGAGCACCGUGGCAGCCAACGAUCUGGGACACACUGGAACCCCCAAGAUCCCACUCUACAUUUACAAGGCUGUCAAGGACGAGAUCUCCCCUGUCGCCGAUACGGAUGCUCUUGUACAGCGGUACUGCAGCACUGGGGGCAGCGUGACCUACGUCCGUGAUGGAAGUGCCAAUCAUGGAAGUUUGGCAGUCAUUGGUGCAUUCAAGGCGCUGGCAUGGCUUCACGGGGUGAUGGAUGGGCAUGUGCCUCCCAAGAGUUGCUCGACAGUGACUUUGCCAUCGACUUUGCUUGACUUAGUAUCUACGCUGGAAUUCUUGCCGUUGACGUUGGUGAAUGCGCUUUUGGACAUCAUUGGUAAGCCGAUCGGUGUGUUGAAAUAAAAGAGAAUUGUACUUUCGUGGAAAAGGCCUAUCCGGUGAUGGGAGGCAAUAGUGCUGUAGUCAAGCUGUUACAUAGUAAAUAUGACGAAUUUCAGACCUUUCUUG